AAAAAAGUUAACAUCUUGUUUAAAGAAAAAUCACCUUCUACCUGAGAAGUUUCAUCGACUUAAGUUUAAUAUAAAAUAUACUCGGAUUAGAAGAAAUUUAUGUAUGGCUGAAAAGCACAGAAUUCCAAAAGUUGGACAAAGACAAGAUUGCAAGCUAUUAAACAGCAAAAGUGUGAACCCAUCUAAAAGACAUCGUGAUAGGCUCAACAAAGAGUUGGAUAAUCUUGUAAACUUACUUCCAUUUUCUGAAGAUGUUAUUCGGCGACUUGACAAGCUUUCAAUUCUUCGCUUAAGUGUUAGCUACUUGAGGAAUAAAAGUUAUUUUCAAAAAAAGAACAUCAGAAGUGUAUCAUCUGGAAAUGAUAAGUUUAUUUCUAAUUUGAUCCAUCAAGGUUUAAAUUCUUUUGUUUUGGUUACAAGCAUAGAUGGAAUGAUUUUUUAUGUUUCUGAAGGUAUAAAAGACAAAAUUGGAUAUUCACAGUCUCAACUACUUCAUCAACGAGUUGAAACAAUACUUCAUGAAGAUGAUAAAAAAAAAAUAGAUGCAUAUUUUAAAGCAUUAUUAAAUUAUGAAGAAGAAUUUAAAAGUCACAUAAACUGUAGAUAUAAUGAUAUUGUUGGACAUCAAAAAGAAAUUUUAGUGCGUUUUAAAUCUGUGUUAGAUGGAAGUCCAGCAGAUGUUUUUAAACCUUUUCAUAUGUCUGGAACUCUAAGACGCUUGUUUCCAAACUCAAGUAAAAUCAGCACUAACUAUGCACUAUUCUCUAUAUGUACUCCUGCAGUUACAACAUUGUCUGUGUUAGAAAUCAAAAUGGAAAAUCAACUUUUUUGCUCCAAAAAUCGUUUAGAUCUUACUUUUGUAGACAUGGAUAUUAGAGGAAAGGAAUUACUUGGAUAUGAUCUAAAUGAUUUAGUUGGGCAGUCAAGUUACCUUUUAGUUCAUCGAUUUGAUAUCCAGCAUUUGAAGUGCAAGCACACUGAAAUUGCGGUUUAUGGGUGGUCAACUAUUGCUGCAUUUCGCUUUUUGAACAAAGAAGGAAAAUGGACUUGGGUGUCUGGUUAUGCUAAAGUUCAUUAUUCAAAUGGUAAACCAGAUUUUGUUGUCACUACAAACAGAGUAAUGAGUGAUGAAGAAGGUAUGGCUAUGUUGAGUAUGAGAGAUGAUGCAGACUGUAAAUCACUUCAAGAUAUUGGUUUAACUGAACCUGAUAAUUACUCAAAAGCAUUAGAGCUUGGAUUUCCUAACCGAAUUAUUGCAAAGCUAGGUAACUCUAGUUCAUGCUCACAAAGCAAUGUAGUACCAUUGCGAAUAUCUCCAGUUAAAGAAAGAAAAAAAAAAGGUAACUCUAGUUCAUGCUCACAAAGUGAUUUGGUACCAUUGCAAAUAUCUCUAUUUAAAGAAAAAAAAAAUAAAGAUUUUUCCUCUUGUCAAUAUGAAAGUAUAUCAAAUUGUGAUACCAAAUCAGGUGAAGUGAUUUAUCACGAUCAGUAUGCACAACAAGAAUCUGGGAUUUGUACUCCACCUAUUAAGUUACUUGAUAAUUAUUCCAACCUCAGGCAUUAUCCAUAUGCACGAGAAAUAUAUGUUGAACAUUUACCUCAGAACUUAGAACACUAUGAUUAUUCGCAAUGCCAAUCGAGUAACUUUAUGCCACCAGGGUUUGAGGAGUUACCUCCCAAUGUUUCUUUAACAAUGCCCCAGUACGAUCUUUCUACUAUUUUAAGAUCGCAAGCAGCGUUUGGAAACUAUAGAACUGAUCAUCUGCAAUUUCCCCUUAACUUUCUUGAACCUCAUUAAAAAAAUUGUAUACUUUAUAAUACCAUACGUUUCAUUUUAAGCACUUGAAAUUCUUGUAUUUUAUUGCAAUUGUAUUUAUAUUAUCGAGUAAAAUAAAUGAGUCUAAUCUUUUAAAAGAAGAAAA